CUAAAAUCCAGAAAUCCCAAAAAAUAGAAAUCAAACAAAUCGCUAGAGGUCAUGGCUUCUGGCAAAGAUUUCGAAUAGAGUGGACUUUCCGACUAACGAAGCCGUCGCCAGGAGUUUGAUGGCCAGAUCUGCCGCAAUCCCCUUCCGCCAUCUCUUUUCGCCUUCGUCGAUGUGGAGGAUAUUGCGUCUUUUGACAAAAUUAGGGUUUCGCGUUAAGACAAGGAGAGAAAGCCGUCCCUUACAAACGCAGACACCUUCUCUGUCGCCUCCCAGAUGAAGCUCAUCGCAAUCAUCGCCGCGAGAUCUCCAAGUAUCUCUUUAAAGAGGGAGUUCUCUUCGCGAAGAAGGAUUUCAAUUUCACGCAACAUCCUUUGGUUGAGGGUGCUACUUGGAGAUGUUGGAGUUGGAAAAUCAAGUCUUCUGCUUCGGUUUGUCAAAGAUCAGUUUGUUGAAUUCCAGGAAUCAACGAUAGGUGCAGCUUUUUUCUCUCAAACAUUGGCUGUGAAUGAUGCAACUGUGAAGUUUGAGAUAUGGGAUACAGCUGGUCAGGAGCGUUACCAUAGCCUGGCACCAAUGUACUACAGAGGUGCAGCUGCUGCGAUUAUUGUCUUUGACAUUACAAAUCAAUGUCACAGGCGUCAUUUGAGAGGGCGAAGAAAUGGGUUCAGGAACUGCAGGCACAAGGAUAUUGUCAUGUAUGUGAAUUCUCCGGGUGUAUCAGUUGGUGGAUCAGUUACAGCUGGUAAUAACACAUUCCCAGCUAACUUUGAUCAGCAUAUCCGGCCUGAUGUGUCCACUGUUUGUCUCGGUUUAGUGCUGGAACCAAAGGCAAAUGAAAUGCUGCAUCACAAGGCAAACCUAAAUGGUUCCCUCGCAUACCACACGGGUCAAAGUUUGGGGAAGAUAAAGCAGGACACAGACCGUGAUUUCUUCAUGAGUGCUAAAGAAGCGAAAGAAUAUGGACUUCUUGACGGUGUCAUCAUGAACCCUCUUACAGCUCUCCAGCCACUUGCAGCAGCUUGAUCUCCUGAAGGAAAAAGAGAUCAUAUGCCAAGCCAGAAUAAUUGAUAUUUCGGAAAGAAAUGGGUGGAACUAUUUGUCUUGUGCCAAAUGUUCGAAGAAGUUAAGUAGGACUGAAGCAUCCCUGCAAUGCAAUAUCUGCAAUGAAGCAGAUACCAUUGGAAUUCUGAGUACAAUGUGGAGUUGCAAGAACCAAGUUUGUCUUGUUUGACAAAGAUGUUCGCAAGCUUACGAACACUACUGCCGAAGAGAUUACUGCACAGUUUAAUUUUCAGAAGCCAGAGAAAAAGGAAGACAUCCAGUCUCCUGACUUGAUUCCAAAGUGUCUUCGUCGGUUGAUUGGCAAAAAUAUGGACUUUCAAGUGAAGAUAACAAAUUACAACUUCAGGACUUUUUUCCAAACAUUCACAGCUACAAGAGUUGUGAAUGAAAAGCCAGAAGUAACUUCUACGAAUAAAAUCCAAGCCAUAAAGUGGAACCAGCGAAGAAGAAGAAAAUGUCUUUGACGAAAAGCUAAACAUGGUUGCGAUAAAAAAGAAGAUGGCAAGGAAUUUCUGGACUUUGAAGAUGGAGUUGGACAUCGUGAUAAAAAAAAAGCCAACUAUGUAAUAAUUGGCUAAAGCAGUAAAGAGCAGAUGUUUUCUUUCGUGGUUUUCAUAACACAAUUCUUCUUUCUUGGCUUUUAGAACACAUGUUUUGUUUUCUACCUCAUAGCACAUCUCUUUAUUUAACAAUUUCACAGAUAAUAUGCACAUUUAUAUCUCUUUUAUUACUAAGUUCAGCUUGACAUCGUUACAUUUUAUUUGAAAUGUUUGAGUGUUAAUUAAUCAGAAAGCAUGUAAUCAAAUAAUCUAUGUAUCUUUAAAU